CUCGCCUUCGAGGAACUUCCCAGAGUAUUACACUAGAUAUUAGAAUUCACUUCUGCUUCUCAAGGCUCUCUUUAGCUAUCUAAGGUUCUUCUCCUAUCUUCAGUCCCCUCAUGGGUUCAUUCUUCGCCGAUCAAAUGCUUGAAAGUUCAAUGACGGAUGAUCUGGUCCGUUCGAACUCACGCUUACAUCUUGAAUCCCUCCCACCAGAGAUUAGAGUUCAAAUUCUCCUUUUACUAGACGUUGAAGGACUUAAGUCUCUAGUUCAAGCAUCACCCGUUUAUCAUGAGCAGUAUCUUCAGGAUCGCAAGCGCCUUCUCCUCGCCUGUCUAGCGACCACACUGGGCAGCAUUUUCUUCGAAGCCUGUGUUGUACAGGAGACUAGCUCAGUGGGCUUCUCGCAGACACGCAACCACGACAGAAUCUAUGAAUUCUUCAAGUCUCUCACGAAGCGACGCUCUUUGACCCGUCACUCGGAUUUAACGGCAGGACUCACAUUAGAUGAUGCCAUAGAUAUGGUAACCUUUUAUCGCUCGGUCUUGAAACCUCUCGCAUGGAGCUAUUCUGCUUGGGCAUUACGCAAUUUAGCCAAAGAGCCGGAAGCAGCACAUAAUAAUAUCGACAAUCCCCUGAGUGAGUCGGAAGAACACAGGAUAAUCCGCGCUCUGUAUCGCUUUCAGCUGUGCGGCAACGUAUUCGGCGUGGGACCUAACAAGGACAUGCUCGAUCUUUUCGAGAUACAAUUCCAACUCAGUGAUAUGGAGAUUUUAAUGCUACUUGAAGACUUAUAUGAGCCCUGGGAGUUGGAGGAGAUUAAUUGCGUCAAUGUCUUUGCGGAAACAAAAUGUCGCGAAAUCCAUGAUGCUGUGACCUGGGAUUUCAGUGAAAAAAAUCCAAGAUUUGAUGACCAGGAAAGACCGCCCACUCCGGACGGAGCAGUGGAUAUACCGCAGCACAGCAAAGCUUAUUUAAUCGGGACUAUUACACAAGGUCUCGAGCUUCUGCAGACUAUUUUCUUCAAGGUUCAGGAGCACUCGGAUUUAGUCAACAUAAUGGAGCGAACCUUGGUUCUUUGGGUCGAGGAAUUUCUGGGAGCAGAUGUCUUCGGCGCGUUCAGCGACAUGGCACAACGUGAACGCCGCGCUAGAGCACCUUCCGAGCGAGAUAAGAAAGAGGAGCGAAGAGAGCCAUUGCCUUUCCGGGGUGACCCGUUAGACGACUCGGACGGAGCGUACCCGCCAUUAGCAUGGACGCUUUUGUGGAAAGGAACAUACAGCAAUAUGUUAGGAAGCUAUAUACCCAAUGACUUCCACAUGUGGGGGUAUGUCAUGUGGGACGCGGCCCGGUUGGAGCGCACUGGUGCAAAGGAAGUAUUGGUAAGGGAAUGGAACUUAAUGUGGGGUGAGGAUGAGGAUGCGAGAGAUGAGAGAGAAUUCUUCUGAGUGGAUACGAGGCUGUGUUUCUGCGUGUGUAUAGUUCUCCAAUUUUGAGUUUCCAGGUUAGGAUGGGGAUUAGCAAUAGAGCAGAAUUUAACCAUAUACUAG